AUGGCAACUCCAAAAUUCUCUAGUCACGCUCGUUCCAUUAGUUUGCCUUCUUCAUCUCACCCUCUUCUCGUUACUGUUGAGGCACAUAUCCAAAGAUUGAAGUCUUCAGAAGUGGCAUCCUCAACUUCACAGUUAUUAGCCUGCCAAAAAUUGGAUGGCCUCAAGAACUUGUACGAGUGCCUGGAUGAUGUGCUUCAGCUGCCUUUGAGCCAACAAGCUCUCUCCAAUGAAGAUGUCCUGGAUGGAUCUCUGAUGCUGUUGGACAUUUGUGGGGCAGUUAGAGACAUCUAUUCACAAAUGAAGGAAACUGUCCAGGAACUUGAGUCAUCUCUACGGAGAAAAAGAAAUGGGGAUCUGGCCAAUGAAGUUAGCUCAUAUAUGAUCUCCAGAAAGCACUUGAAUAAAAUGAUCAGCAAAUGCUAUAAAGAUUUGAAGAAAGCGGCAAAAAACUGCAACUUGGAAGCAGUAAACAAAGAAGCUGAAAAACUGCCUUUGGUUAACCUGAUCAAAGAAGUCCAAGAAGUUAGUCUAUCUAUCUUGGAGUCCACAUUAUCUUUGGUUUCUCCAUUCAAAGCCGGAUCACAGCCAAAGGGUUGGUCUUUGGUCUCAAAAUUAUUGCAGCACAGGACACCAUCAUCUGAAGGGCAUUCCAAUAGUGCUGCAAUGGAGCGAAUAGAAAUCGAGUUGCAUCUGAUAAACAAGAACAAGUCAAACAAAGACGUUGUAAAAGAACUCGAGGCCUUGGACUCGAGCAUUCAAGAAUUAGCAGAGAUGCUUGAAAUUGUCUUCAGGCUAUUGCUAAAAACUAGAGUUUCGCUUCUCAACAUCCUCAACCACUAG